AUGGAAUCGCCUCGGUGGAAUUCGCAUCAAAUAGACUCCCCUCAGAUGGACUCAUCCACGGUCGACUCGCCAUGUGCGGGCGCGCCAAGCCUAGACUCACCUGUUGUAUCGGAAUCCCAAGACAUUCGGCCGUGCGCAAGGUACCAAUGGACCAAGUCGUCAACUGGCCUAUAUGAGCGCGAUAUCGACGAGAUUGAGCGUUUCUACACCUCAUUUUGCCGGCGCACCGAAGACCCAGACCACGCUGCUUUUGCCAUCACUGGGUGCGUCACCAUCGAGACACCCUCUCAGAACGUGCAAGACACACUCGCCAAUCUCGAAGAUGCCUUUCGCAAUGCGUGGUGGACACUACGCAACGAAUGCCCAGCACUCGCAUCGUGGAUCCAGCAUGAUACCAACAGCGACACUUGGAAACGAUUUUAUACACCUCUUCAUGGCUUAAAUGGCCAAAAAAGGCAAGAUGACUGGCUGUCAACGUCCUUCCAAGUGGUCGAUACAGCACUCAGUGAAACAGAAUGGUUCGACCUUGACCCCAAACUCUACAAAUCAAGUCAGCUCUUCUACGUCAGGUCGUCCUCUUCCACCGUCAACAAGAGCAACUACCACCGAGCGACCAUCUUCUUCAGAGCCCCACACGACAUGAUCGACGGUCACGGUGUCUCGAAGCUGCUGGAUCGUUUGAUUGAACUAGCAACGGAUCAGUUUCAGAGGCCACGAAUGCCCCAGCUCGACUGGUCCCAGGAAGCCUCACGGCUCGCAGCGCCCAUGCGCGUCAUUGCGAAUAUUCCCACGAGACCAUCGGACGCACAAAUGGUCCGCUUCCGCGAGAAGAUGCAGAACAGCGCGGCAGCCGCAACAGGAGCGCUUCCACUUGGGCUGCUACCAAGCGCCAAAGAGGGAGCAGCAAGUAGGAAGGAACGCGCAAGCGCCCAUCUGUCUCCGGAAGCCACAGCAGUUCUCCUUGAACACUGUAAGGACAGAGGCUGGACAAUGACACAUGCCGUCAGUGCUGCCGUUACGCUCGCACUGAAGCAUAUUCAGAAGACCACGGGAGGGUCAAGCAACAUGAGGUUCUACCUGCAAUCCAUGAUGAGCACUAGAUAUCUGUGCGAGGGGCGCGCCCGCUCCAUCCAAGAGGCAGCCUCGAACAACCACAUGGUUGCCAUUCAAGGACUGGGAGUCGAUGUCACCGUUGGUUCCGCCGAGACCAGCGAUGACUUUGACGACAUCGCCUUAACCAUGAAAGAAUACUACCAAGAGGAACGCCCGCGAAGCUCCGACGGCCCUGAAAUCAGUGACCUGGGCCUCGCGCCCGUUCUGUGGUCGGCGCUUACACCGCAAUCUCCACCUGGCACAGUAAACGCAGACAGCUAUACCAACAAUGCAAGUGUUGGCAUCUCGUCGCUGGGAGACUUGGCUUCGGCGGUGGAACCAGAACGAGCGCCUUUCACUCUGCAAGACGUCUGGGUUACGGGGGAAUGCUCAGGCUCAGCUGUACCGCUCAUGGUCGGAGGAUGGGGCGGCAAGCUUGAGAUUGGUACAAUGUUUGACCGGGCGUAUCACGAGAGGGACAGGAUCGAGAGCUUCCUCGCUGAUAUUCUGAGUAUCGUGCAGAAGCAAGCGUGCGUCCGCACAAAUGGGUAG